AUGGCAACCGAGCAAGCUCUCUCUGCCGAGUUAUCUCGGUUUCUCGCCGACAAAAACACCCAACCCGAAGAUCUUCUGGCGCUAAGAGCGUUCCUACGGGCACGCCCAGCAUACUCGAAACCCACAAGUUAUAUCAGCGACAUCGAGCAACGGCUAGAACUCCUCCGAGACAUUCGAAAAAAGUGGGAGAAGGCCGCAGUUCAGAUGCAGUUCACAGCUGUACUAUGGAGUGCUUUGAUGGUGAUUCCGUUGGAGCAGUUAAGAGAUAUUCGCGACAAUCCUUUUGCGCUGUCGAUAAUUAAGAGUGUUAUACCAGAUACAACUAUGUUGUUGAAAGUUUUCCUAGCAAAGCCUCUAUCACAGGAUGAGCUAACACAUGCGGGUGUAUCAAAAAAGAGAACGCGAUCUUCUACAUACAGCGAAGCACGCAGCGAGGCUUUUUUAGAUGAGCGUAAUCUUGACAAGAGUUAUCGUGAUAGGAAAGAAUCUCAGAAGUGUGAGCUUCGAGAUAGAUACUGCGUAGUGACUGGAACUGCGAAUCCAGAUAUAUGCCACAUAUUUCCAUUCACGGCUACUAAUACUCCAGAUCGGACAACUUCUGGCCUAUACGUGGUUUAUACUCUAUGGGGUGAACAGGUUCACCAGAAGCUCUCGCGCAUGCUUGUUGGAGAUAAAAAUAUUAUUGAUACUGCUAUGAAUAUGGUUGCUUUGGAACCAUUAUUACAUAGAUGGUGGGGCAAAGCUAUGAUUGGUUUUGAGCCUAUUGAAAAGAUUGAGAAUGGCAUCCGCCUUAGAUUUCGGUGGCUUUCUAAGACAAAGUUGGCGAUGAAAGAUGAAGUUGCAUGGGAUCUAAACCCUCUUGACUGCCUCCAGCCAUACGCAGAUGAGGGCGGUAAUGUCAAGAUCGCACACUCCAGCACCUACCGGCCGAUUGUCGAUGGAACUGUUAUUGAGAUUAUUGCCCAAGACAAGUCGGCUAUUCCAAGCUGGGAUUUGUUCUCGCUGCAGUGGGAUCUAAUUCGAAUGGCGUCUUUGUGUGGAGCAGCAGAAGCCAACGACGAUGAUGACUGGGAGUCGGAUGAUGAUGAUGAUGAUCCUCCUCAGGCAAAGGUGGAAAGGACAACGGAUGACUUAUGUCCAGACUCACCUUUUAUGGCAUCGCCGACUCCUGUAUUUCUGCCACUCCGAUCAGUACCUGUGCAGUCGCAAGUGCAGUCGCAAGUGCAGUCACGAGAACCUUCGCCAACAAAGUUUUCACAGCUUCGGGAAAAUUCGCCAGCAAAGUCUUCACAGCAUCGGGAAAAUUCGCCAGCAAAGUCACGUACAGGAAGGGUGGACGAGAACAAUCCGUGGUAA